GCCCUGACCCUUCCCCCGGUAUCCAGAGGCCGACGAACCAGCACGAACUCCACGCACCAAUCUCACCACAUCAAUCCACAUGGCGUCGCGUCGCACGCUCCCCGAUUCCCCCCACCCAAAUUCCUUCCUCCGAUCACCACCGGAACCAACCAAACCCAAAUCGCCAAAACAACAUACGAUCGCAACUAGGCUGUGCUGUGGCCAAAAAAAAUCUAAAAAGCACUCGUGCAGCAGCAGAGAAUCAGAGAGAAGGAAGAGGAAAAAAAAACCGCAGAAAAAGAAUUCGUAAAUGAAUCAUCGCCGCGGUCGUCGUCGCCGUCAUCAUCAUCAUCAUCAUCCUCGCCACGAGGGGAACAGGAAGCGCAGGAGGGAUCAAGCAGGAGCUGUGGAUUCCGCUUCCGUGCACGUGGUGUUGCAGGGUUCAAUGGUGGAGUGAGCUGAAUUGGGGAGAUGUGAUUUUACCGGUUCAGCCAUGGCUCAAAUCCAAAGCAGCUCACUGGUGAACUGCACGCUGCUUGCGGUGCUAUGUGGGAAGGUUACAGACAAACAGCAGAAGCCACCUGGUCUGGUGCCCGAGGUGAAGCGACCACGGCUUUCAUAUCCAUUCCCAGAGCUGAUCUCGUCUGGGAGAUUGGAGGUGCAUACGCUGAUCAAUCCCACAGUUGAUCAAUUCCGGAAAGCGCAACAGGCUGUGCAGCCCAACUUGAUGUACCUCCAGGGUCAGCAGCUUGAGAAUGAGGAAGAAAUUGGUACACUUGUCUGGGGCGAUGCUGAUGUAUCUGAUCCACAGAUAUUUAGUUCACUCAUUAGUCCACCUUUUCCGACCAUAGUUUAUUUGGAAGUUCCUGCUGGGGAAAAGCUUGCUCAAUCUCUUCAGUUAAAGGGGAUUCCAUAUGUAUUAUAUUGGAGAAAUUCAUUUUCAUCGUAUGCAGCAUCUCAUUUUCGCCAAGCCUUGAUAUCAGUUGUUCAGAGCUCCUGCAGCCAUACAUGGGAUGCAUUUCAGCUUGCACAAGCUUCUUUUCGACUGUACUGUGCAAGAAAUAAUGAUGCGCAAAGUGUUAAGCUUGGGCCUCGUUUACUAGGGGAUGCUCCAAAGAUAAAUAUCUUCCUUCCUGAGAAUGAAAUGGUUGAGGAAGAAGGUAGCUCUGAACAUUUUCCAGCCAUAAAGAUAUAUGAUGAAGAUGUGAACAUGAAGCUUCUUAUUUGUGGAGCACCAUGCAUCUUGGAUGCUAGUUUGUUGGGCUCACUGGAGGAUGGUUUGAAUGCUCUGCUCAAUAUUGAAAUUCGAGGGUGUAGACUCCAGAACAGAGUCAGUGCUGCUCCUCCACCUCUUCAUGCUGAAACUCUUCCACAUGGGGUGGUUACAAUGCGUUGUGAUAUCACAACAUGCAGUUCUUCACACGUGUCAUUGCUUGUUUCUGGCAGUCCGCAAACAUGUUUUGAUGACAAGCUUUUGGAGAACCAUAUUAAAAAGGAAAUUGUUGAGAAGGGCCAGUUAGUUCGUGCUGUCUUAGUUAGGGAGGACGACAAACCAUCUUCAGUUGAGCCUUUGACUUCGAUAUCUGUGGCUUCUGGAGCUUCUACUUUUGAAGUCUGGAUGACCCUACCUAAGUGGGCAGGACAGGUUUUGAAAUAUCUUGCUCCGGAAAUCUCUUACAAAAGCCUGGUUCCACUUGGAAUUGCUUGUGUAAAUGGAACUCCAGUUUCUUCGUUUGAUAGACAAGAUGUGGAUCGGCUUCUUUUCUUUUGCAAAAAUGAAGCUAUUGUAAAUGGUCUAUAUUCUCAUCUGCCAAGAUGGUCAGCAUCCCUUGUUAAGGACAGACUGAAGGGAACUCCAGAGUCAAAAUCAAGUACUUUUAGUGCAAAUGGAGUUGGAGAGUACCAGAAACAUCCAAUGAAAGGGACUUCCCUAGUAGUCAAACCAAAGCUGAAAUCUGCAAAAAUGAGGCCUAUUCCACACUCUUCGAAGCGGCAGAUGCACCCUUUUGUGGGUAUCCCUCCGUCCUUUAUUCAUGAUGCUAGUCAAGUUAAGCCUAGCUUGCCAGCACCUCCGGUAAGGCAUAAUGCAUUACCUGUUGCUCCAACAACUCAAAGAAAAUUAUCAUCUGGGACAUCACGUGUUGAACCAGCUGUUCCGUUAAAUCCUCUGCCAAUGAAGAAACAUGGGUGUGAUCGGUUGCCUAUUGGAAUUUGCUCUGAAGAAGACUUCUUAAAAGAUGUCAUGCAAUUUCUACUUCAGAGGGGGCACACCCGACUUGUUCCUCAAGGAGGACUAGCCGAAUUUCCUGAUGCAGUACUAAAUGCAAAACGCCUUGAUUUAUAUAACUUGUAUAAAGAGGUGGUAUCCAGAGGCGGAUUUUAUGUAGGCAAUGGCAUAAAUUGGAAAGGUCAAGUCUUUUCAAAGAUGAGCAACCAUACUGUUACAAACAAAAUGACGGGUGUUGGAAACACGUUAAAGAGACAUUACGAGACAUACUUGUUGGAAUACGAACUUUCACAUGAUGAUGUCGGUGGGGAAUGCUGCUUACUCUGCCACAGUAGUGCUCCAGGUGAUUGGGUUAACUGUGGGUUGUGCGGUGAAUGGGCGCACUUUGGGUGUGAUAGACGGCAAGGGCUAGGCACAUUCAAGGACUAUGCGAAGACAGAUGGGUUGGAAUAUAUCUGCCCCCACUGCAGCCUCGCGAACUAUAAGAAGAAGCCACCGCCUCCCGAGAGUGCUAAUGGCUUCAGAAUAGCAUCUGCACAACGGAAUAUUUAAUUUUUGUUACUCUUUUUUAGCCUACUGUCCCACUUUUGGGUAAGACAGGGCUGGUAGAUAGCAUGUUUUAAACAAUGUAGUGUUUAGCUGUAUUAUGUCAUUAACAUCAUUUAUUUAGUGAAAGGUUUUAUAUUGAUUGUAAUCAGUGAAGUGACAACUCAGAAAGGCUCUAAUUAAUUGCUGGGUUCAAUCGUGUAUUCCAUUGCCAUGCUGGAUACCUGUUGCUCAUAGCUACCCCUUUUGCGUAAUAUGGGAACAUGGGAGAAGCGAUUUGUCUCUGAACUUUAUCACCAUUGAUAA